GCACACUUCAUCAAGUUUGAAGAAUUCAACAUGCAUCAAACAUUUUAUUUGCAACCUCAUCAACUCCUAGCUAAUUAUUCAAAGGCGACUUCUGGUGCACUUUGGUUUCAUAAGGUUAUCUUUCUUCUUUUUUUGUUAAAUUAGUUUUCUAUUAUCUAUAAUUUUGGUAAUGUCAUACUAUAUGCUUUGUUUGGCGUCUUGUAUAACCUUUCUUAUAUAUAAUUUUAAAAUUGCUGGUAGUUUGUUGGGUUAUAUCAACUAUUAUGUUUCAAUUUGGUGUGAAAAUAAUCCUUUUUGCGGGUAAGCACUUUAAAUAGGCUUGCUUGCUUGAUUUAUUUAAUCUUUUGAUUACAUAAUGUUUAAGUUUCCUUCCUUCAUGUGAAAUUGUCAAUAUCUAGCUGUAAAUGGUGGCAUAAUUAUGAUUUAUAGGCAACUUUGUAAGGAAAGAGUCCCAUUAGCUUCUUUAUAGCCUUAUAGGUAGCAUAAUGAGUUUAGAGUUGUAGUGAAAAUUUAUGAAGAAAUCGUUUUUCCUCUGCAAAUUAGAUUGUAGACACGAGUCUAUCAUCUAAAUUGUGCGCACCAUUCAACUCAAUGAACAAAACAACAUUCUCGGUGAACAAAUUAAGCAAAAUAACAAAAGAACACCACACGAGACUCAAUGAACAUCUAAAUCAGCAAUGAACAACAAGAAAAAAAAAAAAGAUGACUAUAAGAGGAAAUAUUUGAUGAACAAUCACUUAACCUAAAAAACAGACAAAGAAAACACAAUGAACAAAUUAAUAUCUGCAAUAAAAAAACUAAGAAACAUAAAGAUAAAUGUUAACAAAGGAGAAUCGUCGAGAUCGAUGUUCAUUGGAGAACAGUUGAUGUACAUUAGUUUUACAUGUUCAUUGGAGAACAAUUGAUGUACAUUAGUUUUACAUGUUCAUUGGAGAACAGUUGAUUUAUUAGUUUUACAUGUUCAUUGGAGAACAGUUGAUGUAUAUUAGUUUCACGCGUUUUGUGAUUUUUGGGUUGCGUUUUGGCCCUUGAAUCCACCAUCUACCAAUUGGUUUUUUCUGAGGAUGGCGUUAUAUUAUAUGGUCCAUGGACAUUAGCAAAAUAUCUUUUGUUGGCGAUAUAAACGCUAACUAGUGCUCAACAAAGAUGUGUUAGUUCAACCAACAUGUGUCAAUUCCAAAGGUCUCGUGGUCAAACGGUAAUUAGGAACCCUCUCCGUUUUAGAGAACAUUUUUUUGUCUAAAUUAAUUUGAACACUUUCAUUUUGUUAAUAAAAUAACAUAUGAUAAUCAUGCUACAAUAUAUCACCUAAAACUAUGUGUUCCAACGAGUGUUUAGAUCUUUUUGCGACGAAGGGAGUAAAUAAAAAGUAGUACGAUAAGCUAAAAAAAGAGGAUUUAAGUCAAAAGAAUUAUUUAUCUAUCCAUAAAAAUUUUAAAAUUAGUAGGUAAUUACAAAAUAAUGCUUGAAAGGUUUAAAAGCUUAAGUGGUCUGACCAAAUAAGUCAGAUCGUCUAACACAAAACUAGCUCAUGUCAGUUUGUAUUUCUUCUUAUUCACAUUGACAAAUGACAAUGUUGCAGUUUAACGGAAACGGAGGUAUAACGUAUAAGUAUCUUGAAUACUCUUGUAUGAAACCAAAAAAGAUUAGAUAUCCCCUACAACAGCUGGCUAGACACAAGUAAAAUUAGAAGACAAGAAAAAAUUUAUGAGUUUGGGGUUGACCAGAUUUACUAACUUAUCUAAUACUAUUACUGUAAUACCUACUGAAUAUAAUAUUAGUACUAAUUAGUCAACAAGGUACCCAGAACAUAAACACCACUAGUAAGUAGUAACAUGGUUUAGCUUAUGAUAUUUCAGAGAGAUCAUAAUUUAACUUCUAAUAAUUCAGAGAUACAUCGUGGACUUUGAGUCUUCUUUUUUUUAAGUACAACAAUUACAUCGUGUAUUACUUGAAGAUUUGAUUCUAUAAAUUGUCUUCUGAAAAUUUAUAACUCUACUCUCAAACAUAAUAACAAAGAGCAAAAAAGUCAAAGUCUGAGAUAUUGGAAGCAUGGAAAAUCCAAAUCAUGCAGUAGAAAUGGAGAAGGAACUCUAUGCUGCCUCCAUGAAAGGCAAUGUAGAGAUUCUUCGAGCUGAAGCUCAAAGCGACGAAUAUUUACGUAAGAAAACACAUUGGAAAAACAAUAUUAUUCACAUAGCAAUUCGCCACGAGCAACAUGAUUUCAUAGAAGAAUCUCUAAGGAGAUUUCCUGUUAAUGAUGAGCUAUUUUGUGAAAGGAAUUGCAAAGGAAACACCCCUCUUCAUGUUGCUGCUGAGGUCGGAAACUUAAGCAUUGUGAGUUUACUCUUUAAUUACUUUGAGGAAGUGAGGCAAAGUCAUGAUGAUGCCACUGAGAAGCCAUGGAGGAUGCAGAACACCAAGAAAAACACUCCUGUUCAUGUUGCAAUUAUUCAUGACAAUGUCAAGAUUGCCAGAUUUUUGUUGGAGAAGGAUCCUGGCUUGGCUUAUAUUAUCAAUGCCUCAAAUGAAGCACCCCUUCAUCUUGCGAUCAAACACCAUGUUAAUUAUUCUGAGAGCGAAUCAAUUAUGACCAAAGUAAAACAACCAAUCAACGAGGGAGGAGCAGCUUUGGUGAUAAAGUUUGUAACUGGGGAAGAUAUGUCAAGUAUGAUAAAUUUUCUGGUAGAAAAAGGAAGUUGUGUAACAUGUUGGCCUGAUGCAAAAGGUUCAACUCCUCUUCAUAGAGCAGCAUCACUCAGCACUCCUUACAAUAUGCAGGUGAUAAGAACCAUACUUUACCAUUCGCCGCAGUCUGUAGAGGUCUGUGAUGCUUCUGGAAACUCCAUCUUACACCUUCUGAUUAGUAAGAUGCCCAACUACCAAGAAGGUAUAAACCUGCUCAAAUUUAAAGAGAUAUACGCCCUUAGGAAUUACCAGAACCAACAAGGAAAUACACCAUUACACAUCGCUGCAAAAAAUAAGGACAUAAAUAUGGUGCGAGUUCUAUUGGAAUCCUCAACCAAACUCAGCAUCAGAAACAUGGAAGGCACCUCAGCAGCAUCUCUAAUUCAACAAAAUAAUCUGCUUGAGAUACUAAGGAAACGAAAAAUGACACGGGAGGAAUGUGAAGCAGCAGACAAAGCAAACAUAACUUUUCUAAGAGAAAGAAUGAGCAGGUUAGGAAUGGAUUUCUUACUCUCACAAGAUUCUGAGGGAAGGAAUGUCCUUCAUAGAUUAAUGCACAUAAAGAAUGAAAGCCAUAUAAUGCAAGACGACUUUGUAGAUUUUAUUCAACAAGUACUUGGAAGCUCAUGUCCAGCACUUGUUUCUCAAACAGACCUUAAAGGGGAUACUCCGAUUCAUGUCCUGGUGCGAAAUCGUCCUGAUACCUCAAUCUAUGUUGCCUCAGGAAAUCAAGAUAACGCCCAGCAGAACAAUGAUGCUUUUGUUUAUUCACCAUUGUGGCAAUCAGGCUUUUUGUCAGUGUUAUUGGCGUUAUGCAAUCAGUGUAUCCUUCAAAAUCAAGAAGAGGCCAACCGCAAGGAUGCUCGUUAUGACAAACCAUGGUUGGUGCAGAAUGCAAAAGGCAAUACGCCUCUCCAUGAAGCACUCAUAGCAAAUAACAAUGGAUUGGCUAUAAGAUUGUUAGGACAUGAUCAAAAGUCGGCUACUUUAGUCAACAAAAGUAAGGAGGCACCCCUGCAUCUCCUUGCUAGAAGUCUCCCAGACAUGGAGCCAUUCAAGAAAGAAGACAUAGAGUUAAUGGUGAGGGCAAAUGUCGAAGCUGCGCGUAUGCCUGAUCAAGAUGGUCUGACUCCAUUACUGAGAGCAUUUCAAGCUGGCAACUUGUCUACAGCUACAACUCUAUGCACCGUUUCCUCAGAAGCAGCAAAAAUUCCUGAUGCUAAGGGUCAAACAUUUUGGCACCUGCUUAUAAAUCAUCCAUCGGACUAUUAUUUCUUUCGUCUCCUUCAAGAUGUGGCUUUAAGAGAUCUUUUGAAGUUAAAGGAUAAAAAUGGAAACACGCCACUGCAUUUGGCAAUUGAAGGUAACCGUUUUGACCUUGUAAAAAUUUUCUUUGAAACCUGGGAACUUGAACGUAAGUCAUCAUCAAAGGGUAAAUGGCUAGUGGAACUCCUAGAAUUACAAAACAAGGCUGGUAAAACUCCUGGCGAUCUGAUAGGAGAAUCAUCAUGUCUACCUCCAGAUAUUGAAAAAAGCAUUGGUGAUAAAAAUGAAAUGAUAGGCAUUCGGAGCAUGUGGGGAAUUCCUACAGUACAGAUGAAAACCUAUGUAAAUACAAUGGGUAUUAUAGCAGCUCUAUUGACAACAAUAACAUUCACAGCAGCAUUCACUGUUCCUGGUGGACUCCACGAAACUAGUGGGAUUCCGAUUUUCAUAAGUAAGGUAGCAUUUCAGGUCUUUAUGAUAUCAGAUGUGGUGGCAAUGUGCUUAUCAAUGAUGGUCUUAUUCUGUCUCCUGUGGAUCAUGGCUACUAGCAGUAGGCACAAUUCAUUAAUGAUACUGGAUUUCAGUGUCGCGUUGCUGCUUGCGUCGUUCUUUGCAACUCUGUUAACUUUCAUGACAGGUCUUUUCGCAGUAAUGUUCCCUGUCAAACCUUGGAUCGCUAUUGUCACUGUGGUUCUCUGCUCUUUGCUAAUGAUGCUCGUUCACAAAUUCCUUGUCAUCAAUUUACUUAUUCCUCUUGGAAAAUCUACUCUUGUUUUUUUGAGGAUGUCUUGGAGGUGUAUUGCUAGAUUAUGCACUAAUUUUACUGGAUGUUGUAAGAAAAACCAGAGGAAUCGUGGAAUUAGUCGCCUAGGUCACAUUGGUCGACGUUCCUUCAUUCAAGUUUAGACAAUAAGUAUUGUGCUACUUUUCAAUACAUUAUUACUAGGUCAUUGUUAUUUAAUUGCUAUUUUUUUACUACUACUAUGUUUUUUUUAUAGCUAUUCUUUUGCUACUAUUAUAUCAUCAUAUGUAAACUCUAUGAUGUAUGGACUUUUCAAUAUAACUUUUGUGUAAGCAACUAAACUAUGUAUGAAAUUGUGGUUUAAAAAACAGAAGAAAGAAGAAUAUUUAGAUAUAUCUCCUUCUCCAGGUGAGAAUUGUAAUGAGCUGAAGAGAGAAAUGAGAGAGGAAAGAGAGAGAAAAUUAUCUCCUCUAUUCUAUUA